UUUCUCCAGCCUCCCGAUUCAGCCUCAUCGGAACAGAAGCAAUUGUAUGGCCUGGCUCUAGCAACAACACAGGCCGAGCCUGACAGCAGUGAGAGACACGGUACUGUUGCUCACGGAGGCUCGGAAGGUAGUUGCUGGGGGCUGGAGAUCAUCAGCAGUAGUGUAUCAGACAGUCCACAUCGCACUGAAGGACGCUGGUGUGUUUCUUCGAUAGCUGUUUCUUUCUUUUCGCCUGUUUCACCCGCUUCAGGACACGUGAGCAAAGCUCUGCAGAGACAGCACACAUCAUUCACUCAGCCUCGUUAACAUGAAGACGGUGGAGGAAGACGUCAGAGGCCUCUUGAACAAGGCGUAUGAACUGUCGUUCAAACGAUGGUUCGACAAGUCGAACCGACAGCCGGACGCCGACGCGGUGCGGGAGAUAUACUACAACCAGAGCUUGCCCGAGCACAUGAUUGACCCAAAGACACACAUGAAUAAGAUCCUGUACACGAGGAACAAGAUCCGGACGACGAAGUACACGCCGCUGAACUUUAUCCCGAUGAACAUUUUCUUCCAGUUCACCAACAUCGCCAAUUCGUACUUCUUGUUCAUCAUCAUUCUUGGGUGUUUCCAGAUUUUCGGAGUGCAGAGUCCUGGAAUGCAGGCGGUGCCUUUGAUUGUCAUUGUCGUUCUCACAGCCUUCAAGGAUGCGUUUGAAGACUACAGACGGGAGAUUUCGGACUACGAGAUGAACAGCUCCAAAGUGCACAAGUUGUUUGGGGUGGACAACCACAACGCCAUGGAGGACCACGUCGGCGCCUGGCGUCGAUUCAAAAAGGCCUGUACUCGAGCGUCACGAAAAGUGGUACGUCUCUUCAAAAGAAAGAGAAAGUCCUCACCAGGAGAUUCGAACUCGACGUCCAACAACAGCGAUCUUGAGAGCGCAGACUUGUACACAAUCCGCUCGGCCCGGUCGGCGAUGGACCACCAUUCCACACGCAACUCACUCUCCUCGUCGAACUAUCCGCUAAAGUUCAAAAGUACUCAAUGGAAGCAGGUUCUUGUCGGCGACAUUGUGCGAAUACGCAAAAACGAAGAAAUACCCUCCGAUAUCCUGCUUUUACAGUCCAGCACAAAGAACAGCAUAUGUUAUGUUGAGACGAAAAACUUAGACGGUGAAACCAGCUUGCGAGUCAAACACGCCAUGAGUUUCUCUUCGUCCAAGAUAAAAAGAAUCGCAGAUUUGGGUAAGUUGGUGUUCUCGGUUUCCACAGAACAGCCAAACAAAAACCUAUAUUCGUUUCAUGGUGUUGUCCACUAUGAAGAUCCAGAAGGUGUGGAAAAGACAUCUUCCGAGGCAGCUUCAGUUGAAAACAUUUUAUUGAGAGGUUCGGUUUUGAGGAAUACAAAUUAUGUCAUUGGAAUUGUCCUUGCUACCGGUAGCGAGACAAAGAUCAUGCUAAACUCCGGUGUCACUCCAACAAAGAAGUCAAAGAUCUCGAAGAACUUGAACUACUUCGUUUUGAUCAACUUCUUCCUGUUGUUCAUCCUGUGUUUUGUCUCUGGUUUGAUCAACGGCUUGUUUUACAGAAAGUCCAGCAAUUCGAGGCAGUACUUUGAAUACAAGCCGUAUGCUCCGACCCCACAAGCAAAUGGUACGUUGACGUUUUUUGUUGUCCUCAUCAUGUACCAAACGUUGGUCCCCAUCUCUCUCUACAUCACUAUCGAGAUUAUCAAGACAGUCCACGCAUUCUUUAUUUACUCCGAUGUUGGCAUGUACUACGAAAAACUGGACCUUCCAUGCAUGCCUAAAUCGUGGGGUAUAUCCGAUGAUUUAGGUCAGAUCGAAUACAUUUUCAGUGAUAAAACAGGAACACUAACCCAAAACGUCAUGGAAUUCAAAAAAUGUGCAAUUGCAGAUAAAUCUUACGGGUUGGCAUACACAUCUGCCCAAGAAGGUUAUGACAAAAGAUUGGGCAAUGUGGAUGUCACUGCUAAAGCAAAGUACAUGAAAGAGCUAAUAGCCAACUCUCGUUCCCAAAUGAUACCCCAGUUGAAAUCUUCGAAUCCUUUCUUCAAGGAGGAGAAUUUAGCCUUUGUCUCUCCUGAAUUCAUGGAUGAAAUGAAUGAUAAACGCAACCACGAUUUCCUACUUGCGUUGGCAUUGUGUCAUUCUGCUGUUAUUGACUAUGAAGAUAUGGACUCGGCAAAUGAUGAAACAAUUAUAAACUAUAGUGCUGAAUCGCCGGAUGAAAUUGCUCUCGUUUCCUUCGCAAGAGACAUGGGUGUUGUUUUCUUAGGUAAAGAAGAUGACUAUUAUCUCGUGUCCGACAACGGGAAACAACUGAAAUACAAAGUUUUGUGUGUUAUUCCCUUUUCAUCUGCUAGGAAAAGAAUGACGAUUGUGCUUGAAUCUCCAGAUGGAAAUAUAAAAAUGUACAUGAAAGGUGCCGAUAACGUAAUUAUGCAAAGAAGUGCUAGAGGAGAGUUUGACGAAGAAAUCGGAAAGAACCUAGAAGAGUACUCCAAUGAAGGCCUUCGUACGUUAUGUAUAUCGACUAAGGAUUUGAAUCCGAAUGAGUUUUAUGACUGGUAUGACCAUUAUGCCAAAGCAGGGAAAUUACUGGAUGAACAAAGAGAACUAGAAUCUGAGAGACUUGCAGAUCAGUUCGAGAAUUCUGUUGUUCUCCUAGGUGCCACUGCUAUCGAUGAUAAAUUGCAAGACGGUGUACCGGAAACUAUUGAAAGCUUGAGAAAGGCCGGUAUAAAAAUAUGGGUUCUAACGGGAGAUAAAGUUGAGACGGCGAUCAGUAUAGGCUAUUCUUGUUCUAUGCUUAACAAUAACAUGGAUUUACUCAAAGUCCAAAGUGAAAGUGUUGAAGACUUAGAAAGAACAAUCGAUGCUUUACUCAAAGAGAAAUUCGAUAUUGACCCUACAAAAGCUGUAAAUCUGAAGCAAGCAAGGUCGGAUCAUUCAAUCCCGGAUGAGAGGCAUGCUUUACUCAUCGAUGGUAAAACGCUAACAAUUUUGUUCGAUGAAAGUCCGAAAGAUGUUCAACUCAAAUUCUUGAUGUUAGGCAAAAAAUGCUGUUCUAUUUUAUGUUGUCGUGUGUCUCCUUCUCAAAAGGCAAGUGUGGUCAACUUGGUUAAGAAAAACUUGGAUGUCAUCACUUUGGCAAUUGGAGAUGGUGCAAAUGAUGUUUCCAUGAUUCAAGCUGCAAAUGUUGGAGUUGGUAUUGCUGGUGAAGAGGGGAGACAAGCUGCAAUGUCCUCCGAUUACGCUUUUGGCCAGUUUAGGUUUUUGCAGAGAUUAUUGCUUGUCCAUGGUAAGUGGUCAUUCCAAAGACUUUCGGAGAUGAUUCCUUGUUUCUUUUACAAAAAUGUCAUUUUCGUCAUGCCUUUAUUUUGGUACGGUAUAUUUACUGAUUUUGACGGAACAUACUUAUAUGAAUAUACGUUUUUGAUGCUUUUCAACUUGUUCUUCACAUCAAUUCCUGUCAUUACUCUUGCAACAAUGGACCAGGAUGUUCCAGAUUAUGUUUCACUUGUGAUCCCUCAAUUAUAUAGGGCAGGAAUAAACUACAAUGAAAGGGCAACCAUUCUGAAGUUCCUCUUUUACAUGGCUGAUGGUCUCUAUCAGUCAGCGAUUUCAUUUUUCUUUCCUUGGUUGCUUUUCCGGACAGGAAGCGUAGCCACACACAACGGAUUGGGAAUUGGGCAAAUAUUUUCAGUUGGUACUUUUUGCAUCCAUAUUGCAAUUAUCUCCUGUAAUCUAUACAUCAUCUUGAAGCAAAGACGAUGGGAUUCAAUUACUGUAUCUUUGAACUUUCUAUCUGAUCUAUUACUCUUCAUUUGGGUCAGCGGAUGGUCAUCGUCUCAUUUUUCGAACAACUUCUACAAAAUUGGUUUGAGAAAUUAUGAAUCUGCAAGCUUUUGGGCUUGUCUUUUUAUUGGUGUUCUAGCAUGCGUGAUUCCUGGGUUUGCGUUGGAUCUUUUCAGGAUCAAUUACUUCCCUAGUGAUACUGAUAAAGUAAGAGAGAUGUUGAAAAUCAAUUUUUUUGAGCAACGUGAUGCCGGACACGUUGAGAAACAACUAGAAAUUGCAAAAAGAAUUGGCAAUAACUCUGCAUCUGGUGCAGGAAAUGACGCGGAAACCUCGAAGGAGGUUGAAACUCCGAAUAUGCAGCAAGGCACUUCCGAAUCUAACGAAUACGACAAGUCUUCAGAUUUUUCUUUCCAAAGAGUGUGAAUCAAUAUUGCGAGUGGGCUUUUGACAUGUAUACUAUUAGUUUUGAAUAAUAUAGAUUACUAUUUUUUGAUAUAAUUUUCUAUUUAUGUCAUAGUUAAUUUGAGACGUAGAUAAGUGAAAUGUCUCAGACAAAGGAAAGAAACAUAUUGACAGCCAACUUCGAUCACGGCUGUGCGGGUGAUGAUUUUUCGUUCUUGGGGAAUCGAUCGGGGAUUUGAGCUUCCUCCUUUCUAGGGUUCUAAAGCACAGGUAACAUGCAGUUA